AUGGCUGCAGGCACUAUAUUAAGAGUGCAGAUGCUCUCUAUCCAUCCUGAGAGCCUAAUUCCUGCAGUUCUACUGAUUUUGAUGCUUGGAGCAGAGGCCAAGAAUUUUCUGGUCCAGAUAAUCAAGGACAUUAAUGCACAAGUCAUUGAAGAUCCUUCCUUGACAAAGAAUAUUGAAGGCCAGGCUGUCUAG